UUUUCUUUGCGCUGCCAAAGACUCUCAUCAUCAAAUUCCCACUUCCCUUAUUUAACGCAACCCCCCACGAUUCCACAUUCCCCACAUUCUCCCAACUCCCUUCUCCAAUCUCUCCAAGAAGCCAUUUUUCUAUCUCUGCUCUCUCUCUCUUUCUCUCUGUGUGAAAGCAAAAAUGGCAGCAAAGCUAAGCCUUUCUCUAGUUAUGUGUGUGUUGGCCAUCUCGGCCGUUGAUUUUGCGCAAGGUGCGUCCUCACAACACGCCCCAGCGCCGUCCGUGGACUGUUCCAGCCUGAUCUUGAACAUGGCUGACUGCUUGUCCUUCGUCUCCGAAGGUAGCACCACAACCAAGCCAGAGGGAAAUUGUUGUGUUGGCCUCAAGACUGUGCUCAAGGCUGAUGCAGCCUGCCUCUGUGAGGCCUUCAAGAGCAGUGCUUCUCUGGGUGUGGUCUUGAAUGUCACCAAGGCUAUGGCCCUUCCCGCUGCUUGCAAAGUCUCUGCUCCCGCAGCCGCAAACUGCGCACUGUCUUUGACUCCUGCUGCUGCUCCUUCUGAUCUCUCACCGGAAGCUUCUCCAGUUUCGGUUGCUGCCCCUCCCGAGGCCACUUCUGGAGAGAAUGAGAUAGCACCGUCUCCAGCUCCAGGGAGCUCCGGUUCUUCAGUGCUCGCUAUUUCAGUCGGAUCCCUACUUGUUGGCUUAGUGGUUGCAUCAUUUUCUAGUUUCUGAGCUGCUGCCAGUGUCAAUUUUGUGAGAGCCAGAAGAGAUGAUCCGAGGGAGAAUUGUCUUGUUUAUCUUAAAUUUACUUAUUGAGAUUGUGUACGAGGAGUGGUCAUGACUAAAGUAGAUAGAAUUCAUUUUGUGGACCACUUGAGUUGAAACCUGCUUCAAAGUUUGGAUUAUUUCUGACA